GAAAUUCUCGCGAGAGAUAACGUAACGAAGCUUCCAUAGCAACGUUUGUUAACAACGGGAGAUUUUGUAGAAUAAACAGAACGUCUCCCAUGAUUUUGAUAUUAUUGUACAGUUAGUUAUUCAUUUCAACACCUGAACCUAACAGUAAACAUGGAGGGACUACCUUUCUUACCCGGAAACAGCUUCAAAGAUCCAACGAAUAUGAGAUAUCACAGAAGUCAGACAUUGAAAUAUAACAAUGGAUACGCUGUUCCAGCUCGCCCUGAAUUCGGAAUUGGAGGAGAAGCGAUUGUUAGAAAUCAACUGAAUGAAGCUGAGUUAGAUGAAUUAGCUAAUUUCCAUCCUACGUUAACAUAUGGCCAGGCUAAACAGGCUCCUCCCACUGAUUUUAUACCAGCUCAUGUAGCCUGGGAUAAAAAGGUGUUAAGAUUCAAUGGAUAUUUCACCCAGAAUAUCAUGGAAUCACCGGCCGAGGUAUAUCGUGUCAGACCAGUUGAUUUAUAUUAUUAUCUAGAAGAUGAUACUAUAGCUGUAGUAGAACCUCAUGUUGAAAAUAGUGGAAUGCCACAAGGUAAAUUGAUAAAAAGACAGAAAUUGCCUAAAAAUGAUCAAGGUGAUACUUAUCAUUGGAAAGAUAUUAAUAUGGGAAUGAAUAUUACUAUAUAUGGUAAAAUAUUUAGAAUUGUCAGCUGUGAUCAGUUUACACAGGAUUUCCUAGAAAGUGAAGGUAUAAUAGUAAACCCAUCAGAAUCGCUGCCAACAGAUCCCUAUAUAGAGAAGCGUAAAGCAGCCUCAGCUCUGAAAACCUACAGUACACCAUCAUCAUUUGAUAAGAGUCGACAGUUUCUAGAAUUAGAUCGUAAAGUUUUGAGAUUUUUCUGUCUAUGGGAUGAUAAAGAUAGUAUGUUUGGUGAAAUGAGGCCGUUUAUUGUACAUUAUUACUUGGUAGAUGAUACACUAGAGGUUCGGGAAGUCCACACACCAAACGAUGGACGUGAUCCCUUCCCUGUGUUGAUUGGUCGUCAUAAAGUACCCAAGGAUCGUUCCGAUAUUAAAAAGACCUUCCCACUGAUCACGAUGGAGGUCACGGAUCACGAAAUCAAGGAAUAUUUCACACCUAAAGAUUUUCUGAUUGGUAAAACUGUGAUGAUUUAUGGUAGAAGAUUUCUAGUUUAUGAUUGUGAUAAUUUCACCAAAUCUUUCUAUUAUCAUAAUUUUGGUAUCACAGAGUUUGCAUCAGUCGAUGUGAAGGGCGUGGCAAAGGAACUUCCUAAAAUGGAAAUUCCACCCUACAAUAAUUUUGGUUCCAUGGAAGAUUCUCUACAAUCCUGUUUAUCUCUGGUGCCACAGCCUCCUAAAAAAGAUUUUAUCAAAAUGUUGGAAAAUGAUCACAAAGUUCUUAGAUUUGAAGCCAUUAUGGAUUCAAUGAAACCAGAAGAUCAAGGUCGAAGGUUUAUCUUGUCAUACAGAUUAGCAGACGACAUGAUGACUAUUUAUGAACCUCCAGUCAGAAACUCUGGUAUUAUUGGAGGUAAAUUCCUGGAGCGAACACGAGUUGCUAGACCUGGUUCCCAGCCUGACAAUCCUGCUUUCUAUGGUCCUACUGAUUUCUAUGUUGGUGCUGUGGUAGAAGUUUUUAAACAUAGAUUUGUCAUCACCUCAGCUGAUCAGUAUGUUUUAAAGUAUAUGGAAGAACAUAAAGAACAAUUUCCAGCACAAACAGUGGAAUCUUUACGCCAGAAACUGGGUGAAACAACCAUCUCUAGCUCCAAACCUGUUGUUAAAGGUGCUCCAUUAACUAUCAAACGAUCGGCUGGUGAUUUACAGAAUCUAGUAAGUCAAGUACGAGCUCAAUUAAAGAAGAUAGCCAUCACUGAUAAAACACGUGUAGAUGAGAUGUUCUUACGUUAUGAUAAAGAUAGAACUGGUUAUAUUGAUGCUAACAAUAUGAGAGAAUUGUGCAGACGUCUGCAACUACCAACAGAUGAUGAUGUUCUUAUUGCUUUAAUCUCUGAAUGUACAGAUAACGUGGAAGGUAAAAUAGGAUUGGAAGAAUUCCGAAGAUUCGUAGAAAGUUCUUAAAAACUGUACAAUAUCGUCAUUGUUGAUUUUAUCCCAUUAUUUAUUAUCUAAAAUUGUGGUACAACACAGGCAUUGGUAACACAAUUAUUGAGAACACGGGCAUAAGUAAAGUUUGGCCACAUGAGAUUUAAAAUUAGGUUGAAUACUUUGUGUGUAUCUGGCUUCAGAGCAAAGUUUGAUCUUAAUCAAAUAUUUGGUCAAAAUAAUUGAUAGUUUCUUCAUCCUAGCUUUCUGAAAAAUGCCUGUGUUCUAAAUAUAUUAAAUGUUACAAAUGCCUGUGGAUUUAUUAAAUUGUAAAUAAUCAUUAUAAUAACCUCACUGUGAUAUUAUUUCAUUCUAAAGAUGUGAACUCUCUGAAUUUUAUUUAUAUGAUGAGACAUCAAGUGUCUUGUGUCUUCACAGGCUUGUUAACUUUCACAACCACAACCACAAGCACAGGUUGAGACUGCUAUCUGUUCAUUUACUCUGAUAACGGAGAAAUUAGAAAUGGAGAGAUCUAUUUAAAUUGUACUUGUAAUGAAAUCUAAGGGAAUUGAAAUAAAUGUUUUUAUAAAAUUAUU